UCUCUGCAUUCUAUGAUUUCCGCUUACCGUUUACUUCCUUCAGCUGAGUCCUAUUCCUGUGGUUCAUAUUGACGCGUUGUGAAAUAUUGUGCAGUAUUGUACGUCGUAUAUAUCGUGUUACAAAGCACGAUGCAAUACAUUAAACGUCUAUUAGAUUUAUAUAUAGCGUUGCAGGCUCUGUUUGUGUUGUCAUGGGGUUUUUCUGACACAGAGCCGGGGCCCGUAGCAGGUUCUCAGUCGAAUGGAGACCGUUUCAAAAUCGAAGGAAGAGCUGUCGUUCCUGGAGUGAAAACACAAGACUGGAUCUCCACAGCACGAAUCCUGGUGGAGGGGGAGGAAUAUGUUGGGUUUCUCAAGACUGAUGGGAGCUUUGCUGUCAACGAUGUGCCCUCUGGCUCAUAUGUGGUUGAAAUUGUAUCACCAUCUUUCAGAUUUGAUCCUGUUCGGGUGGACAUUACCUCCAAAGGGAAAAUGAGGGCACGCUUGGUGAAUUACAUCAAAACCUCUGAAGUUCUUCGACAGCCAUACCCUCUUCAGAUCAGAUCCGGUGGUCCACAUACAUACUUCAUGAAGCGGGAAACCUGGGGGUGGACUGAUUUUCUGAUGAACCCAAUGGUCAUGAUGAUGGUCCUUCCUUUAUUAAUCAUUGUCCUGCUCCCAAAGGUGGUAAAUACUAAUGAUCCUGAGAUGAGAAAGGAAAUGGAGCAAUCUAUGAAUAUGUUGAACCCUAACCCAGAAUUGCCAGAUGUUUCUGAAUUGAUGACUAAAUUGUUCUCCAAGGGCUCCAGUAAGUCUGGCGGAGGGAACAAAGGCAGCAGAAGUGUUGCUCUGAAGAGGAGGUAGUGCCGUGUGUUUGGGAUCAUUUUGUCGGUUUUCUUUAACACUGUUUUACUGGUUUUCUUCUCUCUUUUUUUCUUCUCUUUUUUUAAAAUUAAAUGAACCGUUUCUUUUUCGACUGAAAUGCUUGACAAAACAGGACUGUGUUUGCACUGUGCUACUUUUCCACGCUCAAUUGUCUUCUUUAGCUGCAUUGUUAAUAAUCAGAUUAUUUUAAUCAUUGUAUGAUACACUGAAAACUAUACAUAACAUUUAAAAGUGUACAAGACCAGUACAGAUAGAGCAAGGCAUGAAUUAAUCUUUUUUAAUAUAAAAAUAGAGCUCAAAUAGGAUGUUUUAACUUGAAAAGUAGAAUGAGUGUGAAAGUAAAAGAUUGGUCAAGAUUCCUAGAGGGGAUUGUUAGACUGAGAUAUUCAGUUUUGCUGAAACAUUUCAAUAUCUUGUCAUGCAAUUAACAUAGUCUAUGCUUUCACUGCUGCUGCAUAUACCAUUCAUCACACAGAUAUGAUUCCUUCUCAGAAUUGAGGGCAAUGCAGUUUCACCUCCGUUACGACUUGAAUAAAAGCAAGAAUGAAAGAUUUAAGUAAAAUUUAACAUAUUGUGGCUGUCUGGCGGUUGAGUGCUUUGGGUUGAUGCAAUAGCUGCAGUUUUGUUGCACUGAUAAAGUCAGAUGCAGAAGUUAGUACUCACUGUAUGUAGUUGUUUUGCUCAGUUUGUCACAAGCCUUCUGGGCUAUUUUAAAAGCACAUUUGAGCUGAAGGGUCAAGAUAGAUGAAAAAAUCUUUCCAUCUUUGCAGUGAUGCCUUGUGCGUUUUCAGACCAACCUGAGGAGGUGACAUUGACCCCAAUUCUGUUUCAUAACUACUUGAAAUAAAGCUUCUAGGUUAUAAUAUUUACUAUAUCUUGUUUGGUUUGUGCACGACUGUGAAUGAAGAUGAGAAAUGUGUACGAUUUAAGCUAUGAAGUAUAAACUUAUUUAAACUGAAUGGAAAUAAACUUUGGUGGGAAAUAUC